AUGGGUCACUCUCUGCAGUGCUGCCGGCAGUCAUGUUCAGGUAGAGAACGACCGGCUAAACGGCGGCCACCAUGCGGAAAACAUCUGGAAAGGAUCCGUUUCCGGGGCCAGAGACGGGACGAGUUCCCGGAUCUGGCCGAUUCUCCCAACACCUCCGACACAGAGAGCAACGAGGAGGUCGUGAGCAGACCUCGAGUCUCCGCCAGAGAUUCAGAGGAGCUGAGGGAGGUGGAGGGGGAGCAGAGUGACGCUCAGGCUAGUCAUGCAACGUUCUCUGCAGCUCUCCAGGACGACUCCAGGACGGAUCUCAACGAGGUCAAAGGUCACCUGGAAAUCGCCUUGUUAGAGAAAAACUUCUUAGAGGAGGAGCUGAAGAAACUCAGAGAGGAGUCCAACGUGGAUUCUCUGCGGCAGGAGCUGGAGAGAGAGCGCAGCCGCAGCAGCGAGCUGGAGCAGAAGAUCAACGACGUCCUGAAACCCAGACUUGAAGACUCACCUUCACAGACGCCUAAAGCCCCGUCCCCUUCAACAUCUGCAGUCAGCGGUACAGACAAACAGAAGGACACUUGGUCCAGCAGCUUCCGGAAGUGUCUCUACGAUAGAUUUGGCGUUUACAUCGAGGACUUCCGCUUCCAGCAGGAGGAGCAGACGGUGGAGACGGAUGAGCCGCUGAGCGCCAAGAGGUUGACUGAAAACAUGAGAAGACUCAAGCGAGGGUUGAAACCAUUGUCCAACUUCAAGAGGAACCUGAGCUCCUGCCCCCCCCCCUCCCUAGAACAUCGGCACGGCUGGGCCGUCCCGAUGUUCCUGUUCCUCGCCAUCGUCCGCCUCUCUUUAAAUUAUCUCAUCGCCAGGUCAGUGCAAGCCCCGCCCCUCUCUCUCCUACAGCCAAUCACAUGGCCCCAAUCAGAGACUGUCAAUCAGUGUCCUGACAGGCUACCUGGACAGGAGCCUCCCAAAGAAGACCUGACGGUGUCGGAGAAGUUCACGCUGGUUCUGGACGUCGCUCAGAAAGCUCAGAACCUGUUUGGCAGGAUGGCGAACAGACUGGAGAAAAUCAAGAAUUUGUUCAUUUGGGUUCAGCCUGAGUUGACUCAGAAGCUGUACGUUGGUCUGUGGCUGGCCUUCAUCUCCUCCUGCCUGCUGCCAUUCAAACUGCUGGGAUUCUUCAUAGGUGUGUACGCAGGUAUAAAGUUCUUCGUCAUCGACUUCCUCUUCAAGAGCUGUCCGAAGCUGAGGCAGCGCUUCGACACGCCGUUCAUCAUCUGGACCCACCUGCCCACCGACCUGCAGCUGAAGGAGCACGGCGGCUCCACGCUCACCAGGAGGGUCACGUUAACCAGCGGGCGGGGCAGCGUCGGCCCGGCGGCUCCUCUCGGUGCGAGCCGGGAUGAAGACGGAGGGCGAUACAGCAGCACCAAGAGAGGAGCUUUCCACGAAGUGUUCAACCUGCAGGAGAGCGAGCGCCCCCUGACAGUGUGUGAGAGCGGCUGGCGCUGCUGCCUCAUCAACAGAGACAGGAAGUCGCCCACUGACUACAUCCGCAACGGAUACCUCUACGUCACCGAGAAUCAUCUGUGUUUUGAGAGCUCCAGCUCCAGAUCCGGAUCCUCCAAGAGGAACAAAGUCAUCAAACUGGCCGACAUCACCGACAUCCAGAAGUACAAAGUGUUGUCCGUGCUGCCGGGGUCAGGGAGCGGCAUCUCCAUCGCAACGCCGUCCACAACAAAGCCGAUGGUGUUCGGCGCGAUGAUCCACAGAGACGAGGCCUUCGACGCCAUCUUUAACCAGCACACGAAAAUCGUUUCCGCGGCAACAGCCAUCGAACCGGAGACGUAGUAACACCUUCACAAGGCUGCCGCCACACACACGCACACACACACACACAUACAUACACACACACACACACUGGGACUGUUAUACUGUUAAUUAACCAGUUUUUAAAUAAUCCGGUGACGUUAAAUCACAGAUUUUCUGUCACCAAUGAUUUCUUAAACAAGUUCCCACAAAACAGGAAACAAUAAGGUACAUUUUUAGUGCUAAUUAAUUGAUAAAUCCUCAAUUAUGUCCGGUAUUUAUCUCUGGAAUAAUGUCCUGCAUAUUAAUGAAUAUUGUCCAGAAGGCGUAAGGAUAUUGAUCUUAAUUAACCACGUAUAAUACGGCUGUACCAGAGAUACAGUAUAUGGGCUGUACCCAAUAUUUUGAAUCUACAUCCAUUAUGUUGACAUUUCUAAUUGUAAAUAAAAAUGAAAGCUGCACAAU